CAGAGUUUGAGUGACCACAAAGACAGCAACACAAGAAAGUCAUAGAUUGGAACUGUUUAAUUCAGAUCCGUUAUUUCGUACAGACAUCGCCUGCAUACAAUGAAGGGCCAGGCUAUUGCAUUGCUGUUGGUUAUAGUGAGCGUCUCAUAUGGACGUGUCAUUAAACGUCAGCUGUUAAGAGAAAAUAACAGACCACAAGAUGGCGACAGACCAGAUUUUCUUCUUGGAGAGAGGCCAGAUGGUGAGAGACCAGAUGGUGACAGAGAACGCAAAGAAAAUGGAAGACCACCAGUUGGCGACAGACCAGAUUUUCUUCUUGGAGAGAGGCCAGAUGGUGAGAGACCAGAUGGUGAGAGACCAGAUGGUGAUAGAGAACGCAAAGAAAAUGGAAGACCACCAGUAGGCGACAGACCAGAUUUUCUUCUUGGAGAGAGGCCAGAUGGUGAGAGACCAGAUGGUGAUAGAGAACGCAAAGAAAAUGGAAGACCACCAGUUGGCGACAGACCAGACUUUCUUCUUGGAGAGAGGCCAGAUGGUGAGAGACCAGAUGGUGAUAGAGAACGCAAAGAAAAUGGAAGACCACCAGUUGGCGACAGACCAGACUUUCUUCUUGGAGAGAGGCCAGAUGGUGAGAGACCAGAUGGUGAUAGAGAACGCAAAGAAAAUGGAAGACCACCAGUAGGCGACAGACCAGAUUUUCUUCUUGGAGAGAGGCCAGAUGGUGAGAGACCAGAUGGUGAUAGAGAACGCAAAGAAAAUGGAAGACCACCAGUAGGCGACGGACCAGAUUUUCUUCUUGGAGAGAGGCCAGAUGGUGAGAAACCAGAUGGUGAUAGAGAACGCAAAGAAAAUGGAAGACCACCAGUAGGCGACAGACCAGAUUUUCUUCUUGGAGAGAGGCCAGAUGGUGAGAGACCAGAUGGUGAUAGAGAACGCAAAGAAAAUGGAAGACCACCAGUAGGCGACAGACCAGAGUUUCUUCUUGGAGAGAGGCCAGAUGGUGAGAGACCAGAUGGUGAUAGAGAACGCAAAGAAAAUGGAAGACCACCAGUAGGCGACAGACCAGAGUUUCUUCUUGGAGAGAGGCCAGAUGGUGAGAGACCAGAUGGUGAUAGAGAACGCAAAGAAAAUGGAAGACCACCAGUAGGCGACAGACCAGAUUUUCUUCUUGGAGAGAGGCCAGAUGGUGAGAGACCAGAUGGUGAUAGAGAACGCAAAGAAAAUGGAAGACCACCAGUAGGCGACAGACCAGAGUUUCUUCUUGGAGAGAGGCCAGAUGGUGAGAGACCAGAUGGUGAUAGAGAACGCAAAGAAAAUGGAAGACCACCAGUAGGCGACAGACCAGAUUUUCUUCUUGGAGAGAGGCCAGAUGGUGAGAGACCAGAUGGUGACAGGGAACGCAAAGAAAAUGGAAGACCACCAGUAGGCGACAGACCAGAGUUUCUUCUUGGAGAGAGGCCAGAUGGUGAGAGACCAGAUGGUGAUAGAGAACGCAAAGAAAAUGGAAGACCACCAGUUGGCGACAGACCAGAUUUUCUUCUUGGAGAGAGGCCAGAUGGUGAGAGACCAGAUGGUGAGAGACCAGAUGGUGAUAGAGAACGCAAAGAAAAUGGAAGACCACCAGUAGGCGACAGACCAGAUUUUCUUCUUGGAGAGAGGCCAGAUGGUGAGAGACCAGAUGGUGAUAGAGAACGCAAAGAAAAUGGAAGACCACCAGUUGGCGACAGACCAGACUUUCUUCUUGGAGAGAGGCCAGAUGGUGAGAGACCAGAUGGUGAUAGAGAACGCAAAGAAAAUGGAAGACCACCAGUUGGCGACAGACCAGACUUUCUUCUUGGAGAGAGGCCAGAUGGUGAGAGACCAGAUGGUGAUAGAGAACGCAAAGAAAAUGGAAGACCACCAGUAGGCGACAGACCAGAUUUUCUUCUUGGAGAGAGGCCAGAUGGUGAGAGACCAGAUGGUGAUAGAGAACGCAAAGAAAAUGGAAGACCACCAGUAGGCGACAGACCAGAUUUUCUUCUUGGAGAGAGGCCAGAUGGUGAGAAACCAGAUGGUGAUAGAGAACGCAAAGAAAAUGGAAGACCACCAGUAGGCGACAGACCAGAUUUUCUUCUUGGAGAGAGGCCAGAUGGUGAGAGACCAGAUGGUGAUAGAGAACGCAAAGAAAAUGGAAGACCACCAGUAGGCGACAGACCAGAGUUUCUUCUUGGAGAGAGGCCAGAUGGUGAGAGACCAGAUGGUGAUAGAGAACGCAAAGAAAAUGGAAGACCACCAGUAGGCGACAGACCAGAGUUUCUUCUUGGAGAGAGGCCAGAUGGUGAGAGACCAGAUGGUGAUAGAGAACGCAAAGAAAAUGGAAGACCACCAGUAGGCGACAGACCAGAUUUUCUUCUUGGAGAGAGGCCAGAUGGUGAGAGACCAGAUGGUGACAGGGAACGCAAAGAAAAUGGAAGACCACCAGUAGGCGACAGACCAGAUUUUCUUCUUGGAGAGAGGCCAGAUGGUGAGAGACCAGAUGGUGACAGGGAACGCAAAGAAAAUGGAAGACCACCAGUAGGCGACAGACCAGAUUUUCUUCUUGGAGAGAGGCCAGAUGGUGAGAGACCAGAUGGUGAUAGAGAACGCAAAGAAAAUGGAAGACCACCAGUUGGUGACAGACCAGAUUUUCUUCUUGGAGAGAGGCCAGAUGGUGAGAGACCAGAUGGUGACAGGGAACGCAAAGAAAAUGGAAGACCACCAGUAGGCGACAGACCAGAUUUUCUUCUUGGAGAGAGGCCAGAUGGUGAGAGACCAGAUGGUGACAGGGAACGCAAAGAAAAUGGAAGACCACCAGUAGGCGACAGACCAGAUUUUCUUCUUGGAGAGAGGCCAGAUGGUGAGAGACCAGAUGGUGACAGGGAACGCAAAGAAAAUGGAAGACCACCAGUUGGCGACAGACCAGAGUUUCUUCUUGGAGAGAGGCCAGAUGGUGAGAGACCAGAUGGUGAUAGAGAACGCAAAGAAAAUGGAAGACCACCAGUAGGCGACAGACCAGAUUUUCUUCUUGGAGAGAGGCCAGAUGGUGAGAGACCAGAUGGUGACAGGGAACGCAAAGAAAAUGGAAGACCACCAGUAGGCGACAGACCAGAUUUUCUUCUUGGAGAGAGGCCAGAUGGUGAGAGACCAGAUGGUGACAGGGAACGCAAAGAAAAUGGAAGACCACCAGUAGGCGACAGACCAGAUUUUCUUCUUGGAGAGAGGCCAGAUGGUGAGAGACCAGAUGGUGAUAGAGAACGCAAAGAAAAUGGAAGACCACCAGUUGGUGACAGACCAGAUUUUCUUCUUGGAGAGAGGCCAGAUGGUGAGAGACCAGAUGGUGACAGGGAACGCAAAGAAAAUGGAAGACCACCAGUAGGCGACAGACCAGAUUUUCUUCUUGGAGAGAGGCCAGAUGGUGAGAGACCAGAUGGUGACAGGGAACGCAAAGAAAAUGGAAGACCACCAGUAGGCGACAGACCAGAUUUUCUUCUUGGAGAGAGGCCAGAUGGUGAGAGACCAGAUGGUGACAGGGAACGCAAAGAAAAUGGAAGACCACCAGUUGGCGACAGACCAGAUUUUCUUCUUGGAGAGAGGCCAGAUGGUGAAAGACCAGAUGGUAAUAGAGAACGCGCAGACAACGGCAGGCCACUAUUUGAUUUGGAAUCUCUAAUUAAUCCCAAACGUAGAUAGGCGAGUCUCUGUUGUUUUAUUUAUUGGUAACGAAUGUUGAUGUAAAUAGCCUUGAACUGACGAAUUAUUUUUUAAGCAAAUAAAAAUUCAA